GAUCGAAUAUUAAAACAGCUGUGCAGUGACAUUUGCUUAUUUUUCAAUUAGCUAUAUCCCACUAGUUUGCUAAUAAUUUCUAGUAAAUAAUCCUUUAAAUAUGAGUAACAAAUUAAAUAACAAAGCGGGUGAGAUUGUCGCUUAUAGUGAAGCCGCCAUACGCGGAAAUAUAUCUGCCGUGGAGUACUGCCGCACUUCAAUGGCUGCUUUGUCCGGAUGCGCUGCCGGCAUUCUGGGGCUCAACGGUUUGCUUGGUUUCCUCUUCUAUUUUGUGUCCGUCUUCGUAUUGUGGCUCUUGGUUUUGGCGAAAUCAGGUACUCAGUGGCGCAAAUUUUUCAUCAAUCGUCAGAGUCUUUUGACUAAUAACUUUAUGGGCGGCCUAUGCACUUAUGUGCUCUUCUGGACAUUCUUGUACGGCAUGGUGCACGUAUAUUAAACUAAAAUUAUCUUUACCCAUUUUUUCUGUAAAAGCUUAUAACAUUUUUUAUUGAACUAAGGAACUAUAGCAUAGUACGUAAAAUAUUAAAAUUAAGAUACAUAAAACCUAG